AGGCCUGGACGGCCGGCCGCUGACGGGAACCCCCUUUCUUUAGAGAGGAUCCGACGAUCUCCGGACAUCACGUGCGUCUUCCUGAAUGUGGAGAGGAUGGCUGCCCCGACCAAGAAAGAACUGGAAGCCGCCUGGGGCGUGGAGGUGUUUGACCGCUUCACCGUCGUCCUGCACAUUUUCCGCUGCAAUGCCCGCACGAAGGAGGCCCGGCUGCAGGUGGCCCUGGCAGAGAUCCCGCUCCUCAGGUCGAACCUGAAAAGGGACGUCGCCCACCUUCACCGGGGAGGAUCCGGCUCCCGCUACAUCAUGGGGUCAGGAGAAUCGUUCAUGCAGGUGCAGCAGCGUCUCCUGAAAGAGAAGGAAGCCAAGAUCAGGAAGGCCCUGGACGGGCUUCGGAAGAAAAGGCACGUGCUGCGGCGGCAGCGCAUGAGGCGCGAGUUCCCUGUGGUCUCCAUGGUGGGGUACACCAACUGUGGGAAGACCACGCUGAUCAAGGCGCUGACGGGAGACACCGCCCUGCAGCCACGGGACCGGUUGUUUGCCACGCUGGACGUCACAGCCCACGCGGGCACGCUGCCCUCACGCCUGACCGUCCUGUACGUGGAUACCAUCGGGUUCUUGUCCCAGCUGCCACACGGCCUCAUCGAGUCCUUCGCCGCCACCCUGGAAGACGUGGCCCACUCGGAUCUGAUCGUGCACGUGAGGGACGUCAGCCACCCCGAGGCCGAGCUCCAGAAAGCCAGCGUCGUGGCCACGCUGCGCGGCCUGCGGCUGCCCGCCCCGCUGCUGGACUCCAUGCUGGAGGUUCACAACAAGGUGGACCUGGUGCCCGGGUACCACCCCACGGAACCGAACGUGGUGCCCGUGUCUGCCCUGCUGGGGCACGGUCUCCAGGAGCUGAAGGCUGAGCUCGACGCGGCGGUGUUGAAGGCCACGGGGAGACAGGUCCUCACCCUGCGCGUCCGGCUGGCCGGGGCCCAGCUCAGCUGGCUGCAUCAGGAGGCCACGGUCCAGCAGGUGGACGUGAUCCCCGAGGACGGGGCCGCCGACGUCAGGGUCGUCAUCAGCCACUCGGCCUACGGCAAAUUCCGGAAGCUGUUUCCAGGAUGAGCGGACGCCCGAGGAGGCCUGGGGUGCGGUGGCAUUGCUGUGUCAGGACAGUGGCGUCCCCUUUGUCAGGCUCUGUGUCCCAGGCGCUUGCUGUGAUGACCACGGAGGCUGGUGGCAUGCUCACGGCUGCUCCGAAGCGGGCCACCCCAGAGUCCACGCUACACAAUUCCACUGGGACCUCAGUGCCUGCCUGCCGUGAACUGCUUUCCCUCGGAAUGUUCCAGCAGGACAUGAACCUGUGCGUUUGCCUCCGUGAGCAGCAUUUCCGGCCUGUCCUGCCUCUGCUGUGAGCCGUGGCCCUGGUGGACGCACGUGGCCUCUCCGCCCGUCUGUCUGUGCUCACAGAGGGGCCUCGUGGCCCACGGCCAUGCUGGUGAAAUGAC